AAACACUCCUUCAGAAUGGCAUGAAAUCAAAGGGCUCCUUUGAAUGUUCUUCCCGUAGCAGGAGUAGAAGGUCAGGUUACAGUACAGUACAGACCACAUCAUAGAAGAUGGCGUUACAUAAGCUGUCAUUAAUAACCAUCCUGAUGGUAAUAUGUACCAUUUUUGGAACUGAGGAAUUCAUGGAAAACCCAGAGGAUCUGCCUCAGGUAAGAGACAUGGAUACCAACUCUCCAAGCGUAGAAAUCAGACAAAAAAGACAAGCCAUUGAAGCGACAAUGUCAGAUAUUGCAGCGGUAAGUGAUCAGCGGAACUUUCUCAUAACUGCACCAUUCCCAUUCAGACUCGAAAGGAGCAUUGGAAUAAUUGACGAAAACUUAAAAUCAGGUCUUAAUAUUCAAUCAUACUAUAUCAUUGACAUUGAGCUGACAGUGUCAGAUAUCGCGAUGAUCAAUUAUUUGAGGAACCUUCUCAAACAAACACAAUUUCUAUCCAAUCUCAGUGACACUGAACUGAUUAAUGUGAACCUAACAACAGUGUGUUCCCCGAAUGGAACUGGAUUCCAGUGCAAAUGUGAAGAACAGUUUGCCUGGUCAUACAACAGCUGCAUUGCAUACACUCCUUGUGAUGACAUCAUUCACAGCACAUGUGCAUGCAUCAGUGCCAUACCAUCUGUUGGACAGUACUGCUACUUUAAUCAACCGCCUGACUGUAAUGACACAACAUACGGUGCUGGUAAGAAUGGAGCUACGGUUACUGUUUGCUGCCCAGCCAAUUUUACAGGCAGCAGGACUGCAGUUUGUGAAAAUGGGAAUUGGAACAUUCAGAACAACUGUGUUCUCAACCCAAUAAGGACAUUGGCGUUGUUUUCUCAGAAUUUAGUUGGCCUGGAUUCAGCUAACAUAUCAUUGUUUGUGGCAAACCUUGCAACGACCAUUACCAGUUUUAAAAGAGACAUAGAAGUGUCACCGGCUACAACUUUCACCAUUGUGACCAUACUCAACAACGUAGCAGAUGCAUCCGGAAAUACAAGCAUAAGUAUGAUGACAGAUAUUUUGGAAACAGUAUCGGUUUUAGUGUCACCUGACAUGAACAACUCUUGGACUCAGUUGAACGGCAAUAACACAGAUACAAGCUCUCUUCUCCUAAAGUCAGUAGAAAACUUUACAAGGAGCCUUUCAAGUGAUUCUGUUAAUAUAACUAAACCAAACAUUGAGUUAAGCAAAACAACAUUUACAAGCACUUUCAAUACAAGUUUUAACUCAUCUCAGAUAUUCAUCCCAAAACAACGUCUUUCCGACAACAAGACUAUCACAACCAUCGUCUUUACGACUCUUGAUUUUGUCUUACCUACAAAGACCAAUGGAAACAUCAAUGGAAUCGUCAUGUUGGUUUAUGUAAAUCAAACCAUUAAUAACGUUUCAAUGACGUUUGAUAAAACAAACAAAACAAAGGGAAGCAACCAGUGUGUGUUUUGGAAUUUCACACUUUUUAAUGGCUCUGGAGGCUGGGACUCAACUGGAUGUCAACUGCAAUCUGAAACGAAUGACAGCGUCACCUGUUCCUGUAACCACCUGACUUCCUUUUCGAUAUUAAUGUCACCUUGCACACCCAACUCCUCUGCUCUGGAUAUCAUCACUUACAUUGGAGUUGGCAUAUCAAUGGGAUGCCUGGUCUUAUGCCUUAUAAUUGAAGCAUUUGUGUGGAGUGUUGUCACUAAGAACAGCACAGCACACAUGCGACACGUCGCUAUAGUGAACAUUGCUCUGUCUCUGCUGAUUGCUGACAUAUGGUUCAUCAUUGGAGCGGCUGUGUCAGAUGUUGGCCAGUCCACACCGAAGAAUGUAUGCAGUGCUGUAACCUUCUUCAUUCACUUCUUUUAUCUUGCUUUGUUCUUCUGGAUGCUGAUCUCGGCUCUUUUGCUCUUCUACCGUACCAUGAUGGUUUUCUCCCACAUCUCAAAGCGCACUAUGAUGGCCAUUUCCUUCACAGUGGGCUACGGGGCACCACUCAUCAUUGCCACAAUCACCAUUGCAGUCACUGCCCGCAGCGGGAAUUACCUGGCGAAAGAAGGUGUAUGUCUGAAUGCCCCUGAAAAUGGCUACUCCAGGCAAUAUGAUAUAUGUUGGCUGAACUGGUACCAGACUAAAGCCCUCCUGGCAUUUGUGAUUCCAGCCUUGAUCAUUGUCUUUGUGAACCUGCUCAUUCUAUUUGUGAUUCUGGUUAAAUUACUGAUGAGGGGUGUUGGUGAGAAUCACCCCGCUGAGGAGAAGAAUGCUCUGGUGGUCAUUGCAAGGUGUGUCGCUGUUUUGACUCCCAUCUUUGGCAUCACCUGGGGAUUUGGCAUAGGGACCAUGGUGGAACCUACAAAUCUUGGAAUCCAGAUUGUAUUUACACUCUUCAAUGCCUUUCAGGGCUUCUUCAUUUUAGUGUUUGGGACACUUAUAGACAGCAGAAUUCGAUCAGCAAUCGCUGGACGAUUUUCAUUUUUGUCUUUGCUGUCAACCCGAACAAAGAGCACAAAUGCUGGUCCAUCUUCGUCCUCUUUGGCUGGCCGUUUUAGACGAAGGGGAAGGAAUGUGUACAAUGUUUCCAGCGCUACAACAAGUCAGGAUUCUUAUGAAGCAUUCGUAAAUACUGAUGAACCAACCUAUUCUCAAAAUUAAUAAUUAAAAAGUCAUUAAAAUAUAAGGAUCUUUUGGAUUUGCAUCAUCUCAAUGUACAAUUUUAAUUCCAUGUAGAUUCUUGAGAUGUUUUUCAUAUCUGACACCCUCCUAUCACUGUAUAUUGACAGAUUUAUCACAUUAUAUUAACAUUCACAUUAUGACACAGUAUUUAAUCACUUUUCCUUCAUUUUUGUUUUUCACUAAACUUGAAAUAAACAUUAGCAACAAUAUAAACCUGUGAAAUGUGAGAAGGUUUAUGCAAAGAAUACUCACAUUAAUAUAUGUUGUAUAUACAGGGAACAAUAGACCUAACAAAUAAAAAUAUUUACCAAUCAUCUGGAAUCCAAUUAUGUGUAUGAAUAAGAAU